GGAUCCAUAGUUCCCAUAAGUCCUCGGAUAUACGCUUAUGACCCAGACCUUACACUGCAUGCCAGAGUCACUUAUUCAUUUCAUGGACCUGAGUAUCUUAGUAAAGCAGAUCAGAUAGAUCAGUCACACCUGAGUGCUGGCUACAAGCAGUAUUUGGACACAGCUAGUCAGAAUAACCCUAUCUUCAAUAUUGAUGCCAACACUGCUGAAGUCAAAUUAGUUCUAUUUCCUACUGCUGAAGAGAUCUAUAUUCUAGUGCAGGCUAGCCAAGUUGACAACCCUUCAAGGUAUGGGGUGGCGCUGUUGACAAUACGUGUCCAGGGUUCAAAUAUCAAUGCACCAGUCUUUAGCCGCAGUUACUACCAAAUGGUCAUACCUGAAGUGUUCCCUGUGGGGCAUGUGGUCACUGCAGUGUUUGCCACAGACAAAGAUUCUGGCUCUGCCAUAACAUACAGCCUUGAUGAUCCCAGUAAAACAUUUGACAUCUACCCAGACACAGGGGACAUCAUUUUAAUCAGAGAGCUGAGUUAUGUCCUCAAGAACAGCUAUGAGAUAACAGCCAUCGCUAGUGAUGGGACUCUGGAAUCUAGGGUCGCUGUGUAUGUUCAAGUUGGAGCUGUGCUGAACACCCCACCUCAGUUCCUCAACACAUCACUCAAUGUGACAGCUGAGAGAAGGCAGGGAGAAUUCAUUGCUGACAUUGAUGCCAGAGACUCUGGAGAAAAUACUACAUUAGUUUACAGUCUUCUCAACUACAAUGA